AUGGUCAACACCCGCAACCGGAAUCGUUCCCCUCCUAGGGAUGAUGUUGAUGACGUCUCUGAAGAAGGUUUGUCUGUACUGCCUCCAGUUAACACUAAUGUGGAUGUUGCCGCACUCCUAGGGAACAUUUUACGAGAUAUGCUACGGGAGAUUCGGGAGUCACAAAAUGAGCAGUGCACUAUCAUGCAGACUUGUAAUGACACUGACAAGAUUCUAUAUGCCACUUACCAACUCCGAGGUGAUGCUGAAGCAUGGUGGCGUUCCUCAAAGGAGCAUUUUUGGGCUAAGUAUGCAAAUGCAACCUGGGCUCAGUUUACAGAAAUUUUUCUCGAGAAUUACUUUCCAAGAAACUUUCGAGAGAAGAAGGAAGUUGAGUUUAUGAGCCUCAACCAGGGAUCCAAUUUGGUCCUUGAAUACCAACAGGCCUUUGAGGAGCAUUUCUAUUUUUCUCUGGAGCAUAUGAAGGUUGAGGAAGUCAAGGCAAGAAGGUUUAAAAGAGGGCUGACAGCCAACUUGAGUACAUCUGUGGUGCUGCACAAGUACCCUACUUAUGCGGAAGUGGUUCAGGCUGCUAAGAUGAUUGAAGAUCAACAGAGAGAGAACUAUAAGGCCAUACAAGCUGGCAAGAGGCCAAUGUCAUCUUGUGACCCUAGGGGACCUAAUAAAUUCAAGAAGAGAGGGGCCUACACGACUACAACUCCAAUUCAGUCCUGUAGACCUGAUGUGGCCCAGGGACCUAAAGCUACAUCGGCUCCUUAUUAUGGGACCCAGACCCUCGUCUGUUACAAUUGUAAGGAGUCAAGUCACAUGGUUAAGGAUUGCCCACAUCUACGAUAG